AGACGCCACCCAGUGGAACCAAAUAUCUAAGGAACUCAUAAUAUUGUAACACCGGUAAACGCGAUGGCGGCAGCUGACAUUCAGAAACAAACAUUCUACGUCAUACACUGCCUGUUACAAAAUGAACUAGAUCUUGGUAUGGUGGAGACUGACGGUCCUGACGAUGAGAACUCAUUUGACCCUGUAAAAAUAGCCUAUAAGCUCAGGGAACUGGGUGAUGAUUAUGAUGAGAGGGUGAUCAGGCCACUGAUGAAGAAUGUACAGAGCGCUGGAGCCAAUCAGGUGGUGACCGUGUUCAGUGAUAGCGUGGAUAGCCUGUGUAAAAUGUGGGUUGUGGAAAGAGCAGAAGUGGACUCUGAGAAGCACCUUCUCAAGGCUGCCAUCACACUGGGACUCUUUAUAAAGAAAAACUCCCCUGACAUGACGAAUGUAGUCGAGGUCGCUAUGACGGGAUUCGUCAACAACCGUCUAACAAACUGGAUCGCAAACCAAGGGGGCUGGGUCUCUGUCUCUAAGAAAAACAUGUGUUGAGAUUGGAGCUCACUGUCUUAUUCGCAAUUUUUUUUAACACUGGAUGAACUGUAAAUGUAAAUCAGAUGCCAAGGUGCUUUUUUCAGACAAUCACAACCAGCAGAAGGAAGGAGAAUUAAUUUUUUUUUUAAUGUUUACAUUUUUACUCUAAUACAGAUAUUUGUGUAUGAGUAUUUCAGUUGAUGCAGGAAUUCUCAACCAACAGUUUUUUUUUUUUAAUAACAGACUUGCGUGUUUUAUGAUGUACUCAAAUUUCUCACAAAUGUAUGUAUGUGGAGUGAAACUACAAUGUUAUUUUAAAACAAAGCACUUUGUGUAGUAAACAUUAGUGAAGUGUUCACAUGUUAGUUAUCUUUCACUAGACACAAAAUAAACAUGGGGUGGACAUGUUGAGAAAUUUA